AAAAAAAAAAAAAAAAGCCUAUGCCAUAUAAAAAUUACAAGCCUCCUCCUACUCUUUCUCCCCUUUUCUCUCUCUCUCUCUCUUUCUUUCUCUUUCAAAAACUUUUUUUUUUUUUACUUUAUAAUAAACACGAUGGAACCUUUGUUAGAAACUCCAAGCAUCAAAAGUUGGUUAAAAAAAGUAGUAUCGACCAAUAAAAAGAACACAAAAUCGCCAGAUGUGUUUAGUGUUCCACUUUAUGAAAGUUUACAAAUAGCCAAUACACAUAUCGCCUAUGAAGAUAGAAAUACAAUUAUCGGUUCGAUACCUAUCGUUGUAGCCAAAUGUGGAUCAUUUUUAAAAGAUCAAGGUCUUUAUGUGGAAGGUGUAUUUCGUAAAAGUGGCAGUGCCAAAAGAUUAGGCGAGUUACAACAUCAUUUUAAUUCGUCAUCUGAUUUUGGGAUAGGAUUAAGUUGGCGCGGGUAUACUGUACAUGAUGCUGCAAAUUGCUUGAGGCGUUUUUUAAAUUAUCUUCCAGAACCCGUCAUUAUAUUUCGACUGUACGAACCGUUUCGAACCAUCGCCUCUAAACACGCUAAUGAUGAUGAUCAUCAUCACCACGACAACAAGAAGGUUUUAAUUAUUAACGAAUAUCAAGGCUUAAUUGAUCAAUUACCGAUUGUGAAUCAAUAUUUACUAUUUUACCUGUUAGAUUUAUUGGCGUUGUUUACACGGUAUGCGAAAUACACCAAAAUGAAUUCAAUGGCGCUUGCAUCAGUAUUUACGCCAGGUAUCCUGCUCAAUCCAGAUCAUUCGAUGUCCCCAGAACAUUAUAAAUUAUCACAACGGGUCGUACAGUUCUUAAUUGAAAAUCAAGAGCAUUUUCAUUUACCCCAAUCCACACUCAAGAAUACAGCUUUGACACCUACCAUUGAUUCACAUACCAUGAGACAACAAUUACUACGGGCUAAUACAGUGCCUGCCAAAGUCAACCGAUUUGGUCCUAAUGAUCCACUUCAAAUUGUCAAUAAAUAAUAGUAAAUUGAGUCAAAGGGAGAGAGGAGCAACGGGGAAGUAUUCUCUCUCUCUCUCUCUUUCUCUCUCUCUUUAGGAGGACCCUCUUUCUCUUUAAGAAGUGAUAUUAUUCCCCCCCCCCUUUUUUUUUUAUAUUUAUAUAUGAUUAAAAUAAAUAACACCCGACUCCCAGGAGGCUCGUGUUUGUACGCCCCCCUCGUCCUCCUCCUCCCCCCCCCCUUCUUUUUUUUAACAAGUUCUAUCUUGUUCCUCGGCUAUACCGUUUGUAGAAAAUAUGAACAAUAGAUUUUCUUUCUCUGUCAAACAACG